AUGAUGAGAAGCGAAUGGACCGCUGUGAUGCCAUCACGCCCACCACCUCUUUUACCUCCCUCUCCCAUCCGCCUCCACACCACCUUCCGCCUUCCUUCUCUUCCCUAUUCCUCCGUUCCCUGCCCACCACUGCCCCCCACUUCCCCCUCUCCAAAUGACUCACAGAUUUCAGCGCUGGGACUGCACGAGGCGGAGUCAGCAUCGCGGGUGAGGGGGGUGCACGUGAGGAGCACGGUGGCCAACUUCAACCACCUGCAGGACGCCGUCAUGGACCCCACCGCAUGGUGCCAGCACACGCUGCUCAAGAACGAGGCACUAGCAAAAAGGCAGCCCAGCCCGCCCCUCCUUCAUCGCGCUGCUUACCACCCUGCUUGCCUGCCUGUGUGGUGCUCUGCUGCCAUGCUCUGA